AUGGCCCCUCAUCCACGUCUCAAUAUACCAGUCAGUUCGAUGCAGCCACGUCCCAGACGCAUCGAAUCCGGCCGCAACUUCAAAGAGUGGCUCUUCCAGCUUGACCCUAACGUUGGCACACGGAAGGACUGUAUUUCUCGCUCGUCCGCUCUCCAUCUUAACUCCUCGGAACAUUCGCCAGGCUUGGGCGAAACUGUGACUUGCGACCUUUACAAUCUCCAUCCCAAACGACGAGACGAGUGCGUGUGUUUUCCUGUCCAUAACGACCAUGUCCUCCAAACCUCUACUGCUAUCGACGGCGUCUAUAGCCUCCUUGAGACCACGUCUGUCUUCUGUCCUCCAGCUCAAGUUGUAGAGAGCCUUCUGCUCGCAGCUGCUACUCAAGGCCCACCCACUGUCUGUACUUCAGACAGCUCAGAUUGUCCUCGGUCAACUAAGAUUAUUCAACAAGGAUCGAGGGUCCCGAGAGAUCUUCGAUACUAUCCCACACCUGGCCUUAAAGCGCGGCAGGAUUUAGCAGCUCAAACCGCUGAAGGAAGAGAUGUUUAUCACGUCUCAACAACGACAGUCUCAACAUCAUCGAAUUCAUGGGGACCUUUGCCGAGCGAUUCGCAUUGUCAAAGAGACAAGGAUGAAAAGUCACUGUGCAAGAAUGACAUGUGCAUGUGGGGUUUCAUCAAGCCUUGGGAGUCUUCAACAAUCAAACUGGUGACAGUCACGGAUCCUGAUGGCGUCUCGCUCUUCGGUUCUAUAACAGAAAGCACCACCAUCACCACACCGCACUGGGGUUUCCUCGCGCCAGUCAGCACGGUCGAAAAGAGCACAACAACUGCGGCAUCGAGCUAUGAUACUUCGAAGUUCAAGAGCAAGAAACCCAAGUCAUCAUCUCUCUCUGCCUCUUCACAACCUCGAGUAUGCCGUGAUGAGCUUGAUUGUCGAAAAUACUGUGACAGGAAAAUCAAGGCACCCAUGAAGCACAUGAUAGCACUUUUAGUUGGCGGCACUGGUUUCACUGCUCUUGCAGGUUUAGCCAUGCUGCUGAAAAUCAACGGCGAACGCAGUCGCCGCUGGCGCAGCAUUCACAACAAACAUCCUGAAAGCACGGAGAUAGAUGCUGAGUGUCUGGUGGAUACGCAGAAUGUGCAGGAUUCAGAGGUCGUGCAAGUGGCUCCGGAUCGAACAAGAAGCACAGGGCACGUGCGAUUCCAGAUUGAUGGAGCUGACAGAGCUGUUAAUAUGCUCGAAUGA